UACACACACGUGUGCGCUCCUCUGCCCCGGAGCUGCCGCUGCCCCUGCUCUCAGCGCCGCAGUGGAAGGCACGGCCGAACCGCUCUUUCUUUAAAUAUAUAAAUUGCUGCUCGGGUCAGCCUCGGCGGCGCCCCUCCAGUCAGGUCGCCAGCUGCCAGCCCCGGGACCUUUUCAUCUCUUCCCUUUUGGCCGGAGGAUCCGAGUUCAGAUCCGCCACUCGGCACCCGGGACUGACACACUGAACUCCAUUUCCUCCUCUUAAAUUUAUUUCUUCCUUAUAGCCACUCGUCCCUUUUCCCCCCACCUCGUCACUCCAAGAGAAUCUUUUUUUCUUGCUUUCCAAAGUCAGGGUUCCCCCUGCCCAUGCCGUAUUAAUGUUUCCAGUUUGGGAACUCCUUGCAUUUUCUUUUUGAAGGAAUUCAAGCAAGCUACAUUUUCUAUCCGGCAUCGACCCUCGAUCGUUUGCAAAAGUUUCGCAUUAAAAAACAAACAAACAAACAAACAGCUCCACCUGAUCUGCACUUUGAGAAUUGUUGGUUUCUUUUUAUUUUUCAUUUUUUUAAAAGGACUUUUUUUCUACCUUUUAAAAAAAAAAAAAAUGCACUACUGUGUGCUGAGCGCUUUUCUGAUCCUGCAUCUGGUCACGGUGGCGCUCAGCCUGUCUACCUGCAGCACACUCGAUAUGGACCAGUUCAUGCGCAAGAGGAUCGAGGCGAUCCGCGGGCAGAUCCUGAGCAAGCUGAAGCUCACCAGCCCCCCAGAAGACUAUCCCGAGCCCGAGGAAGUGCCCCCGGAGGUGAUCUCCAUCUACAACAGCACCAGGGACUUGCUCCAGGAGAAGGCGAGCCGGAGGGCGGCCGCCUGCGAGCGCGAGAGGAGCGACGAGGAGUACUACGCCAAGGAGGUCUACAAGAUAGACAUGCCGUCCUACUUCCCCUCCGAAACUGUCUGCCCAGUUGUUACAACACCCUCUGGCUCAGUGGGCAGCUUGUGCGCCAGACAGUCCCAGGUGCUCUGUGGGUACCUUGAUGCCAUCCCACCCACCUUCUAUAGACCCUACUUCAGAAUUGUCCGAUUUGAUGUUUCAACAAUGGAGAAGAAUGCUUCCAAUCUGGUGAAAGCAGAGUUCAGAGUCUUUCGUUUGCAGAACCCAAAAGCCAGAGUGGCUGAACAACGCAUAGAACUGUAUCAGAUUCUCAAAUCCAAGGAUUUAACGUCUCCAACUCAGCGCUACAUUGACAGCAAAGUCGUGAAAACAAGAGCAGAAGGCGAAUGGCUCUCCUUCGAUGUAACUGAUGCUGUUCAUGAAUGGCUUCACCAUAAAGACAGGAAUCUGGGAUUCAAAAUAAGUUUACAUUGUCCCUGCUGCACCUUUGUACCUUCUAAUAAUUACAUCAUCCCGAAUAAAAGUGAAGAACUAGAAGCAAGGUUUGCAGGUAUUGAUGGCACCUCCACAUAUACCAGUGGUGAUCAGAAAACUAUAAAGUCCACUAGGAAAAAAAACAGUGGAAAGACCCCACAUCUCCUGCUAAUGUUAUUGCCCUCCUACAGACUUGAGUCACAACAGUCCAACCGGCGGAAGAAGCGUGCAUUGGAUGCAGCCUAUUGUUUUAGAAAUGUGCAGGAUAAUUGUUGCCUGCGUCCACUCUACAUUGAUUUCAAGAGGGAUCUUGGGUGGAAAUGGAUACAUGAACCUAAAGGGUAUAAUGCCAACUUCUGUGCUGGGGCAUGCCCAUAUUUAUGGAGUUCAGACACUCAGCACAGUAGGGUCCUCAGCUUAUAUAACACCAUAAAUCCAGAAGCAUCCGCUUCUCCUUGCUGUGUGUCCCAGGAUUUAGAACCCCUAACAAUUCUCUACUAUAUUGGCAAAACACCCAAGAUUGAACAGCUUUCUAACAUGAUCGUAAAGUCCUGCAAAUGCAGCUAAAAUUCUUGGAAAAGUGGCAAGACGAAAAUCAUGAUGAUGAUGAUAAUGAUGGUGACGACGACGACUAUGACAAUAAUGAUGUUUGUAACAAGAAAACAUAAGAGCCUUAGUUCAUCAGUGUUAAAAAUUUUUGAAAAAGCGGUACUAAUUCAAACACUUUGGAAGUUUGUGUUCUGUUUGUUAAAAGUACCACCUGAAACAAAGAAAGUUGAAGGCCUUAUUCUACAUUUCACGUACUUUGUAAGUGAGAGAGACAAGAAGCAAAAUCUUUUUUUUU